AUAGAAUAAAAUCAAAUUCUACACCUAGAGUAAUUUCAGAUUGGAAGGAUUUGGAUAAGACAUAUUGUCGCAUAGUUGCAGAACAGCCCUUGUACUUGGUUCGGGGCAUGUUAGCAGAGGAAGAG